CUUUGUAAUCGGUAUGCAUAGUGUUUGACGCAGGAUUUUUUGUUUAAAUUUGUAAUCACGAUCAAUUUGAAAUAAAUUAAUUUACGUUAUAUAAUAUUAAAUUCAUAAUUCUCUGUCAGACAAAUUCUUGACAAGUCUUUGAAACAUGUAAAACAAAUAAUAAACUAUCGCCAUAGUCAAGUGUAGUUGGCUAUGGGUAUUUUAUUGGUUGGUUAUGGUUUCUGUUUUCUGUCAGUUCGAUUCAGUGCUGUCAUGUGAAGCUUUGAUUGUUUGCUUUACUUAUUUCUAACGUUUUUUAUUUUGGACUCUUGAAGAAAUUUUAAUUAUAAAACGUUCAUAUUAAUUUAAACGUUAAAUAUCAUCAUAGCUACAUGUGUGGCGUUCCUGCGUUAACCCCUCUUCUCUCUAUCAAAAGUUUUAAAUCUUAUUUUAUUUUCGCAUAAAUAAAUCACGCGAAUCGUAAAUAAAUCUCGAUGUUUGUUUGUGAAUAAAAUAAGUGUUUAUCAGUGCGCGAGUGAAAUACAAGAGCAGUCAAAUGUUAAUGGUUCCCGCGAUAAUUUCGAUGUUAGAAUCGGAUCGGGACGUGCGCGCGAGGAGGGACUAUGUUGUUUAUCAGUGCCUUAGCGAUCGGGAUGGUGACCGGCUUGCAGAAUGCUACCACGGACGUUGCGGCGGUCAGUGACGUCACGGGGGCGCCGCGGCGCGAGAUGGUGCUGGACGGGCCGAAGCUGGCGCCGCCGAGCCAGCUGGACAACGUGACGGUGCAGGAUCGGCCGUCAAUGUGGGACAUGUAUUUGAACCCGUGCGGUAAAUGGCGGCCGAUAAAUCACAUAUUUUUCCAAGUGGCCAAUGUAUUUUUCCUGCUAUCGUUCUUGGCGCCCCACACGCCGACAGGACUGAUAUGGUUGCGCGUGGCUUUGAUCCUCGGGUGCACCUUCUCAGGGAUCUGGGCGUGGAGUAUCGAGUGCUAUUUGGACGCUGUUUUGUGGAACAGUGCAUUCAUAGCUAUAAACUUUGUGUAUUUCUCGGUGCACUUCUAUUUGAUGAGGCCAAUCAAGUUUCACAAAGACAUUGAAGAGGUAUACGUGGCCCUCUUCAAGCCGCUCCGCGUCUCGCGGCGGCAGUUCCGACGGGUGCUCCGCUGCAUGCGCAACGUGCGCCAUCUCAAGUGCCACGAGCUAUACGCGCACGAGAAGGUCACCAAGGUGGACAGUCUCUCCCUCGUGCUCUCUGGCAAACUGGUGGUGUCGCAGAACCAGAGGGCGCUGCACAUCGUGUUCCCGCACCACUUCCUCGACUCACCCGAGUGGUUCGGCGUCUCCACCGAUGAGUAUUUCCAGGUGUCGAUAAUGGCGAUGGAAGAAUCCCGAGUGCUUGUGUGGCACCGAGAUAAACUCAAGCUUUCCAUCAUGUCGGAUGCCUUCCUACAGGCGGUAUUCGACCACAUCCUCGGCAGAGACGUCGUGCACAAACUCAUGCAGGUGAGCGAAACGAUGGCAGUGAGCAACGGGCACCUACCAAACAGUUUUGAGGAGGGCGAGGACAAGCCCAUGUUGGUCGUGAAGAAGAGCGGCGACGGGCCCGGUAUCACCGCGCUGCUCAACCGGCAGCUGCAAGCGAGCGACCCCAACGCGUGGCGCCUGGGCCGCAUCGAGGAGGCGGACCACGAGACGCCCGUGUGAGGCCGCGCGCCCGCGCCGCCGGCCCGGCGCCGCCGCUAGUCCACCUUAUUGUCUACCACGCAGAGUUCUAACUCUAACACGGACCGAUUAUGAAGCUAUGCUCACCUCGGUUAGGACAAAGUGGAACUACCUGCGCUUUCACUGUUUCAAUGAGUGCGAAUACUUUUGGAUGUGAAUAUGGAGGUGACGGUCUAGUCGAUAUGUAUACCGCGAGAUAUCGUUAUCUGGCGCUGGGUUUUGCCCCGGUAAUAAGAAGUUCUUCGGAUAUUGGCAGCUUUUCCGCUAGAGAUGUGAGAGCUAAACGGCGAACGAAGUCGAUUACGAACAUCUUCUAAGGGACAUAAGUUUUUCUUUAAGAUCGGGGAGUGAAAAAUAGAGAAUUUAUAGCAAUGGAAACUGCACAUUUCUAGCAGAAACGAAGCCAAGUAAGAUUACAUGAAACUACCUAUUGAUAUCCUUUGUAUGGGGAUAUAGAAGAGCUGUAAAGAUACGUGAAAUAGCGCCAAAAUAAUAUUUUACGUUAGUGUCAAUAGCCUUUUAGUUAAGGCAGCUAGUGAUAAAGCGGUGUAAAGUGAUAUGUGCGCUAUGGCUUGAGUAGUAAGGUCGGAAUUUGAAUAAGAUUGGUAAUGUGGUGUUAAUUUUUAUUUAUGAUUAAAUCAAAUUUAGUUUUGUUACUUUGCAGCUACGGUGAUCUGUAAAUUACUUGUAAAUUUGAUUUUGAUUGAAUGAUUUCUGUUAUGAAAAUUAUUUAGGUAUUAUGUCACCUUGAAAAGGCUUUGGUUUUGCGUCCAUUAUUAUUAUUAAACAAAAAUACAUGUAGAUUACUAAAAUUAUCUCAGUAUUAAGCACAAACAACUUGAUUCUCAUUAGAUUAUUCAAUAAUUUGAAAGACAAAGAGCGAAGGGUGGGUUACUUUACUUGGUAGAUUUCCAACAGAAAGAACUUUAAAAGGGUAUCUGUUCGGUUUCAUUGUUUUUGUAAGAUAUUAACCCCCUUAUUCAUAAACGUGUACUAAAGUUACGCUGCCGCUGAUCAUUGUUUGUCCCUUUCCGACGUAUUGGUAUGAUGGAAAGGGACAAACGAUGAUCAGCGGCAUCGUAACUUUAGUACAGGUUUAUGAAUAAGGGGGUAAAUAGUUAAGCCUAUCAGGGCUAAAAAGGAUAUUAUUAUUAUUACAUAUAGAAGCAAUUGUUUUAUUUGUCUAUCAUGUAAGGUUUUUAUGAAUCAAAUAACAUGUUUGCAAGUAAAUAAAGUAUACCAAGUAAACAAAAAUUAAGGUAGGUCUUCGUCGAACCUCAAUGAGUUAAGUGCGCGGUUAUUUUAUGCCAUAGACGUAGCGUUGAACGCAUGCGAUCACGGAAUGUAUAGAAAAUGAAAAUGCGUUUACCGCGUAAUAGUAGAUCGUUAACCAAGGGUGGAAAGGGAACCAUAUCACCCGAGAUAUUUUGGCGCUCGCCAAUAGUUCGAGGGUGAGAUGGUUACUUUUACGCGAGUUAAAUAAACACUCUACUUUUCAUUUCGACUAUGAGGAAAGUCAAACACAAGAAAUGUAGGUUUAUUAUAGGUUAAGAGAAUUAGGGAUUCGGAUAGGGAGCGUGUGCAUGAACUAUAGGAGGCAGCACAGGAGCCAUCAAAUUUUGGCGCAAGGCGUAAAUGUGAUGAUUAUUGUUCCAAUGUAGCCCACAAGAUGGCAGAACCUACUAUGCACAAGAAAACACGUGACGUGUAAAUGUACUUGUUUAUGGCUCCGAUUCAGGCCACAAGAUGGCAGACCCUCCAACGCGCACGUAUUGGCCAUUUAAAUAUCGAUUGGAAAAAAAAUUAAAACCAUAUACAAUUCACAUUCAAUUUCGAUAAUACUUGAUCUGAAAUGCGGAAGCUAAUAUGAGAGCUUUUAUUUUAAUAAUAUGCUCGAAGUACAAAUAAAAAAAAUAUUUCCACUCUUGAGUGGGAAAUGCAAUUUUCCACCCGGGCAUCAGCCUAUGAAAGUUGAACUUUCCGAAUAGGAGAGAUGAAAAACAAUAUACGGUCAAGAGAUUAUCUGAUUUCAAAUGAGUGUGCAACAAACGCGUUUGGCGCUGCGUUUAUCGUAUUAUAACCGCGCGUUUCAUACGCACAUUUUGUUUCUUUUAUUGGUAGGGCUGGAUAGAUGAAGAGAGAAGGAUAGCGAAGAUCGUUUAAGUAUACUUGAUUUAAAAUGAGACACACUUGAAAAGACUAGAACUUACAGUUAAAUUUAAUAGAUAUGGAUAUAGGCUUAUGUCCCAAAAUAAAAUUGAAGUAAAUCGAUUUCAUCAACAUUUUGUAUUAAAUAGCUCGUAUGAUAGAGUAAAAUGUAAAAAUAAUGUGUUUAAUCAAACUGAAAUGAUUACCUGUAAACGGUGGAAGUCACAUAUAGUUAGAUGCCUAUUUACAAUUAAUAACAAAACAUCAUAAUAAGACUAAAUAAUAGGGUUCAUUGCUAUAUCCUGCAAUAUUUUUAGAAAUACAUAAGUCCAGUAGGAAUCGAAUGAAUACUGCAAGAGAAGUACAAGUUGAAUCGCAUAAUAUUCGUAUUCAAAGUUGAAAAAAUAAACUUAUAUCUGUACAGAAUAUACAUAUAAAACUAUCACACCAUAUUGAAUGUACAAAUAAUACUUUAUUGCCUAAAAAUGCACCAUAAAUUUGAACAUUAUAGAUAUCAAGUUUUUUUAUGCAGGGAGUAAUUGUUAAACCAAAGUAUUGAAAUGGUGCCCUAUUCUUGUAAAUGUACAGACUAUAGAACUGUGUUGUAAUAUUCGAUGUUGGAAAUUGUAAGCAAUAGAUUUUGAUGUAAAUUAUAUUUAUAACAUUCCAUCAUUUCCUUUUGCAAAUGUGUAAAACGUUAGGAAUAAUAUUUGUCGUGUAAUCAAGACUAUUUUGACCUAUACAUUAAGCUAGAGAAAGCUUUGGAGAGAUGUUGACAGAAUAUUGAUUAUCUGGACUUUUACACUGGAAUAUUAUAGCAAACAAAUUACGUAUUGAUGUUGCAUACUAAUAUAAUUAUCACAAAUGCACUGCCAAUGCAAUUAAGAAUAUAAAACUGAUUUUAAAUGACUUGAGAUCGAGUUAUCAGACUUGCAGAACAUGUGAGUGAUACUGUGAGAUAAUAAUUCUUAAAUUAAGGAUCUCCUGUUUAUAAUAUGCACAAGGCUGUUCUAUAUGGCCCAAAUGCUAAAGUUGAAUUGUUAAUAAUAAUUAGUCAUCUGAGUUUUUAACGCACGGUAAGACGUUAGCAAGCUGUGGAGUCGACAUUAGCAUAAAAUUUUAAUUUUGUUUUUGAGUAAUAAUUACAAACAAGAAUAAUGGCUAUUUCUGGCAGUUCUUAAUUUAUAUACAUACAUAUUAUUUUUUCCUUCUUUAAUAUACAUAUUGUUUUUUUUCUGUAAUUUCAUAAUGUAAUCAAUACAAAAAGUGGCCAUUAUUUUUAUUGUUAAUAUGUACUCAAUGACAAAAUUAAAGGAUUCUUUAUAAACUCGUUAAGGUUCUGUUCAUGAUUAUAAAAUUAAAAUCACUAAUCAAAUAAAUGAAUGAGUAUGAAUAUGAGUUGAACUUUAUUCCUAAUGUUGAUUCCAUAGCUUGCUAACGUCUUACUGUGUGAUAAAAACUCCUAAUAUAAAAAUUUGCUGGUACAAAAUACUGAAAUAUUAUUACUGAUUGAAAGUCUUCAAUGUAAAUGUUUGGGACUUAUGGAAUGGUCUUGUGUAUCUACUACUUGCCUUGAUAUAAAAUGUUUGUUGUACUUGUAUAAAAUGAGCGCCUGAUGUCGGAUUAGAAUGCCUUAAUGAAUUGCCAUGUGUGAUGAAUGUAAACUAUGAAUGUAAUUAUGUACCUAUUAUAAUAAUUGAAUCGAUGUAGUUCAUGUUGAGACAGAUAAACAAAUAAAAGUAACUACUUGUAUAA